AUGGCGGGUAACGCCGGUAUGGAACAUUUAAUACCGAUCGUGAAUAAGUUACAAGAUGCUUUUACUGUACUGGGUGUGAACUUAAGUCUCGAUUUACCCCAGAUCGCCGUGGUGGGGGGACAAUCAGCUGGAAAAAGUUCAGUUUUAGAAAAUUUCGUCGGAAGAGAUUUUUUACCGAGAGGAUCGGGAAUCGUAACCAGGAGGCCGCUUAUCCUUCAACUGAUUCAUUCCAAAUUUGAAUAUGCCGAAUUCCUGCAUAACAAGGGAAAGAAAUUCACCGAUUUCGAUGAGGUUAGGAAAGAAAUCGAAGCCGAAACCGAUAGAAUUACUGGAAACAAUAAAGGAAUUUCAACGCUUCCCAUAAAUCUGAAAAUUUAUUCCCCGCACGUCCUGAAUUUAACACUGAUAGAUUUACCGGGGAUGACGAAAGUACCGAUAGGAGAUCAACCAGCUGACAUCGAACAACAAAUCAGAAAUAUGAUUAUGCAAUUUAUCAAAAAAGAAUCUUGUCUGAUUUUGGCGGUAACGCCUGCCAAUACCGAUUUAGCGAAUUCAGAUGCUUUACAAAUUGCAAGAGAAGUUGAUCCGCAAGGAUAUCGUACAAUAGGGGUGAUCACAAAACUAGAUAUUAUGGAUGAAGGUACAGACGCCAGAUUAAUUCUUGAAAAUAAAUUAUUACCCCUAAGACGAGGUUAUGUCGGGGUAGUAAAUCGUUCGCAAAGAGACAUCGAUGGUCAAAAAGAUAUCAAACUCGCUUUGGAAUCGGAAAGAAAAUAUUUUUUAGGACACCCAGCUUAUAGACACAUUGCAGAUAAACUUGGAACGCCAUAUUUACAAAAAGUUUUGAAUGAACAACUAACGAAUCAUAUUAGAAACACAUUACCCUCAUUGAGAGAUAAAUUACAAAAACAAAUGAUCAUUUUGGAAAAAGAAUUGGGAGAUUUUAAGAAAUUCAGCCCGGACGAUCCGAGUUUGAAAAACAAGGCGUUGUUACAGAUGAUCCAACAAUUUGCGUUGAGUUUCGAAAAAGUGUUAGAAGGUUCUAGAUCGGACGACGUCAAUACGACGGAACUCUCGGGUGGUGCCAAAAUUAAUUGCAUAUUCCACGAACGGUUCCCUUUCGAAAUAGUCAAAAUGGAAUUCGACGAAAGCGAAUUAAGACGAGAAAUAGCGAUCGCCAUUGCCAACAUACACGGAAUCAGGAUCGGGCUUUUUACACCCGAUUUAGCUUUCGACGCUAUAGUUAAAAAACAGAUAGCUAGACUUAAAGAACCGUGUCUAGAAUGCGUCAACUUAGUAGUAACCGAAUUAAUAAAUAUCAUUCGUACGUGUACAGAUCAGAUGUCGAGGUUUCCGAGAUUAAAAGAAAUAGUAGAGAGGAUAAUAACGAAUUAUUUAAGACGAAGAGAAGAAUUUUGUAAAGACCAACUUUCGGUUUAUAUACAUUGUCAAUUGUCUUAUAUGAAUACAAACCACGAAGACUUUAUAGGAUUCGCCAAUGCUGAAAAUCAAGCUAAAAAAUCAGUUCCGGUCAGUAACGAUCAUUUGGGUAAUCAAGUGAUCAGAAAAGGUUAUAUGACGUUGCAUAAUCUAAGUAUUAUAAAAGGAAGAAGCUUCUGGUAUGUUCUGUCUUCGGAUAAUUUGGCGUGGUACAAAGAUGAAACGGAAAAGGAAAUUCAGUACAUUUUACCUUUAAAUAAAUUGAGAUUAAGGGAUGUCGGAUCUGGUUUUAUAAAUAAGAAACCAACUUUUGCUUUAUUCUUACCCAACGGCGCUAAUGUAUAUAAGGAUUACAAACAAUUGGAACUGAGUUGUAGUUCUUUAGACGAUAUGAAUUCGUGGAAAGCGUCGUUCUUAAGAGCCGGCGUUUACCCCGAAAAGCCGAUCAACGAUGAAACAGAAGAAGAUAACGCGAUAAUAGAUAACGACGUCGAUCCUCAACUUAAAAGACAAGUUGAAGUGAUAAGAAAUUUAGUGGAAAGUUACAUGUCGAUAGUGAGCAAAGCCACCAAAGAUUUAGUUCCCAAAAUAAUCACGCAUUUGAUAAUUAAAAAUACGAAAAUGUUUAUAUUCGAAGAGUUACUCGUCAGUAUUUAUGCUCAAGAAGAUCAGAUUAAUUUAUUAGAAGAAUGUCCGGCGGAAGUUAAAAAACGAGAAGAAAAAAUGGCGAUGUUUCAAGCUUGUAAAUCAGCUUUAGAUAUAAUAGGUGACUGUACGAUGAAAUGUUCCAGUAAUACUUUAAUUAAUAAAGAAGAAGAAAAUCACUAUUCCCUAUCAACUGUUUCUAAUAAACCGACAAUAGCGACUAAAAAAAAUUAUAGAUUAUCAACACCGCCUCCAGUAUUUUCUAGACCAGCUCCGCCGCCGCCUCCAGGAAAAUUGAGGAAAUAUAAGAGUGAGAAAAAUAUUUCUGAACCUCGGCCUAUAGCAAAUUCCAAUUUGAUUCCAAAAUUUUAUAUAUUAUCAAUUCCUUAAUAUCCACUUGAUCUACAUCUAUUCAAUAUUUAUUGUAUGUAUACCAGACUCAUGACGUAGCUGCUUUUAUCUUUUUAAUAAUUCAGAACUUGCUAUAGCUACAAACCUAAAAAUGUUGGUGUUUAUUUUUACAGAGAUGGGAAUUUCUAUUUACGAGUUAAAAAAUAACUGAAUAACAAUAUAAACAGAAGUUCCCAUCUCUACACUUAACACCACUUACAGUUUUCUGGGCAACUUUAAACCUUAUUAUUUUAGGUUUAUUUUUGAAAGUAUAGAUGUCGCUUUUAAUUUUAAACGUCUGUGAUUUUAGAUGCUUUAACGCAUGUCAUUGUGGCUUGUUGUGUUGUGAUGAUUUCGCUCGUUCCAAAUGACUUAUCGUAUUUUAUGUUUUCAGGAUCAGUUAGCAGUAUUAUAUUUUGUCAAUCUGUCGACUAACAAACUAAUCGAUUGUGUUGUAACAAAUUUUAUUUUACGUUUUGAAUACAAUAAUAUUAUUUUUGUUUAAAAUGUUUGUGUUUUUUUUUUCAUCAUUCGGGAUUAAUUUGAAUCGAUUUUAAAUCGAUUAAUAUUAGUAUAUUGUGUUCUAUAACAUUACAUUGAAAACUAAUAUCGAAAUUUGACAUUUAGUGAGAUCUGUGG